CAUUGCAACUCUACUUUCGCUUGAAUGCACGAGAAAACGCUGCAGGAACAGCAAGAGGUAUCGAACGUUCACUUCGAUCCAAAUCAUAAAGACAAUGUCGAGGUCAUUAGCAUAGAAGAUAACAGUAACAAAGAUUUCACAGAACAUGAAUUAGCAGUGCAAAAGAAAUUAGUGCGCACACUGGACUAUCGUUUAAUGAUCUGGGCUUUCUGGGGCUAUUUUGCAAAUGGUUUGGAUAGAAAUAAUAUGCCUAACGCUGAAACAACAGGCUUAAGCGAGGAUUUACAUCUUGUCAGCAACCAAUACAAUUGGGCGCUCACUAUGUUUUUCAUUGGUUAUAUUGUAUUACAAAUUCCCGCAAAUUACAUUAUUACCAAGGUCCGCCCUAGUAUCAUGUUACCUACCAUUGUAUUUGGCUGGGGUGCUGUUGUGUGCUUCAUGGCUCUCGUUAAGGAUUACCAAGGUUUGUACGGUCUGCGUUUUUGUCUGGGUCUUACUGAAGCUGGCUUCUAUCCUGGUAUCGUUUUCUUGCUUGGCUCUUGGUAUACGAAAGAAGAAUUAGGUACGCGUACCGCUGUAUUUGUUGCUGGUUCACAAAUUUCUGGUGCCUUUAGUGGUUUGAUUUCAGGUGCUAUUUCCCAAAGCUUAGAUGGUGCUCAUGGUAUCCGUGGUUGGAAGUGGCUUUUCAUUAUUGAAGGUCUUAUUGCUGUUGUCAUUGGCACCGCUGGCUAUUUUACUCUUCCAGAUUUCCCCCACAAUACUCGUUUCAUUCAAGGUGAAGCUCGUGAAUUGGCUCUCAAGCGUCUGGAGCGUCAAGGCAAAAGUACGGCAUUGACCGGCUUAAACAUGGCGACAUUCCGCAACUUGUUCACAACACCUUUCAUUUACUUGUUUACUUGUAUGUUUAUUUGUAUGCAAAUGGGUAUGGGUAUUUUGCAAAAUCUUCCUAUUAUUCUCAAGGCACUUGGAUACCAAGCUUCAUUUGCAAACUACAUGAUGGUUCCUAUCUGGUGUUGGGUUGGUAUUGUGAUCAUUACACAAGGUAAGCUGUCCGAUAAGUUCGGUCAUCGUGCUUACCACAUUAUCGCGGGUGCUCUUUUCACUUUGGUAUGGUAUAUUGUUCUUGUGGCUGUGAAUGGAGGAAACGUGCCUGUGGGACUUUUACUUGUCUGUGCUUACAUGGUGCCUCCCGUCUACGGCAUCUCUCCCAUUAUGAUGUCUUGGGCCAACGAAAUAUACUCUUGUGACAGAGAGUCGCGUGCCUUGGCCAUCGCUAUUAUCAAUUCUAUUGGCAAUCUUGCCCCCAACUUCAUCAAUGUAGAAGUAUGGUCCAUUGUAGACGCUCCUGAAUUCAGACUCGGUAAAAUCGUCACCAUGGCUAUGACUGCUGCUAUGGUUUUUAUGUGUAUUGCCGCUUACUAUUUACAAGUGAAGGGUAUUUUGGUUCCUAAAGCUCCUCAACGCAUUACCGAUGAAGAAUUUGAUCAAAAAAAGACAACCCUUUCGCAUGAGAGAGAAGAAUUGUAAAAUCUCCUUACAUAGACAGACCCAAAAAAGGCCUUUCUCUAUUUUGUACCCUAUCAAAGUUUAUAAGAAGCUUUCCUUUUGUUAAAACCACUCUUAUAUAUAUAUAUACAUUAUUUUUCUUUUCAGUAUUUAUUCUUUUAAUGUAAAUAACGCACCCACUGUAUUUUUAGUAUACUUUUAUUACUUAUCUAUGUUUAACUAUUUCUCAUGAUAUCAUAUCAAUACCAAAAGUAUGAUUUUUUUAAAAAAAAACCCAUAUACAGUCCACUCAACGCUAAAGAGUUUGAGAUGUUUGUCACUGUAACUGUUGGAAGGCAAUGGCCUUGAGCUUGGUGUCUUUAUCAUUCCUUAAAUGAAGUAGGAAGAUUAAGUAGUCCCCGUUCAAGUCACUUGCAGCGACUAUCGGAAACUCAAACCAAAAUCAAUUUCAUGCAGCAGCCAGAAAUAAAAAAAUUGCUUAAAUC